AUGGCUCCACCUCUUGGCCCAUUCGUAACAUGGAGAAAGAAUACUCAUACAAAUGGAGAUACAUGGAAAUUUCAUUCAGUGGAAACAGUUUUGAAAAUGGAGCCUUAUUCUCGCUUACAAAAGGAGAAAAAAAUGCAAAAUCAUCAAUCCUAUCGGUGUUACAGCGACAUGAAGAGAAAGGUUUUCAAUCAGAGAUUAGCAGUCAUAUACAGUUUGAAGAAUGCUUCAUAA